UUUUAAACGGGCCUUCUCCAAAAACUAGUUAUAGCCCAAAUAUUAAAUAAUAAUGAUAAUAAAAUGAUUAAAGGGCCCAUUUUAAACCGUGCGGGUCAUCAUCUCUCUCCCUUCUCUCUCACAUACUGCACACAGUGAGCUGAGGGCGUCGCUACCUGAAACUUUUAUACGGCGGGGCUCCGGCGGCGGAGGGCGCUCCACCGCACGUUCAAGGAUUGUUGAUGUGAAUACCUAAACCGCGCCGUCGAAGAUGUGGCAGCGGCUCCGUGAAGGCUGGUUAGAGAUUCUCAACAUUCAGAAGCUUCGGAGAAUCGUGUCUUACACUGGAUUUUACUGUUUCGUUACGCUGAUCAACUUUGCUUACACCAACAACACGACAAGAGCUGGGCACUCAAGGGCUGACCAGUUCUAUGCGUCAUAUCCUGCUGGCACUGAGCUUCUUACCGAUACUGGGAAGUUAUAUAAAGCUGCACUCGGCAAUUGCUUUGAAAUAGAGGAGUGGGGGCCGAUUGAAUGGAGCAUUUUGGCUAAACAUUUCGAACGCCAAGGCAAAUCACCGUAUGCCUACCAUUCACAAUAUAUGGCGCAUCUGGCCUCGCUCGGGCAACUGGAUGGGAGCGGCUAGCUCCAAUGUGAUGAUGUCGGGACCAUAUCUACGAAGUUGUUUGAUCUGUAUAGCUGAAAAAAGACGACGAUUUUUGUAAAAUGGUGUUUCGUCUCGUAUUUCAUCUACUCCGCGUUUGAUUUGUAGUUCCCGUUCACCAUAGAUCGAUCAAUUUCGUGACUUACAUUUAAAUUUGUGGAGACUUGGUUUUAAAUAAAUGGAUCACUGAUCUAAAUUACGUGCUA